AUAAGAACUGUCAAAUGAUCAGCUGUUCGCCGGUUGGGCAAUUUUUUUGAUCGAUUUUUGCUUUCGAUUUGGUUGGUUUUAUAAUUCUGUAUUAAAAAUUUAUGUAAACAUGCUAAGAACCUGGUGCAGCGCCUCAUUUAAUUUGCUCAAAAGCGCAACGACGUUGCAGCAGCAAGUUCGGACGACUUUUGUGUUGAAGAGAAAAUAUGAUCCGUUGUUACACAAAAUCAAUGCAAAACCUAAAAAAUUGCGCGCGAAGCAUUUUAUUUAUGAGCUGGUAGAGGAUACAAAUACUAAACGCCGACCAAAUUUGGAAGUUGUUCUGAAAACUUAUGUAGAAGGUGUCGGUGAUAAAGGCGAUGUAGUUUCUGUAAGACCCAAUUUCGCUUACAACAAACUUCUGUUGCCUGGAUUGGCAGUGUACAAGACAGAAGAAAAUAUGGCAUUGUAUGCCAAAACUGAGGAAGACAAGAAAACAGUACGCCAUAGUUCAGCCUUUGCACAGCGCACGGUCAAUAUCAUUGAACGAUUUACGCUUGCGGUAGUGAUGAAUAAGGAUCAACCUUGGGUUGUUGAGCCAUGGCAUAUAAAAGCAUCCCUUCGCAAGGCAGGUAUUCAUUGUCCAGAAGAAUGCAUACAAAUGCCAGAGGCUCGCAUUGAGGGUCCUGAUAUGAAUAAAGAGGCUAAGGAGUUUUAUUGCACCAUAACGGUGAAUAAUUUAGAGAAGGCGCGUUUACGUUGUCGAAUUCAUCACUGGAGUACAGAUCCCAGCGAGCGGCUGCCGUAUGUGGUUGAACAUUGGAAAAUGCCGGCGGAGCCUCUUUUCGGAAGUGAAGGCUCGAAAGAAGCAAGUGAAGCGAAAACCGAUGACAAAUUAGCUUAAGUUGGCGGAGGUCAAUAAAUGCCUGUUAUUAAAGUCAGUCGUUUGGGAAACCCCAGCAAACACAGUCUCUACCGUUAGAGAAAUUUAGAUUUCUACAUUAGAUAACUACCGCAUUUCUCUAAUCGUUCUCGGGUCGAUGACGGAUGUUAGAGAACUAUAUUAGAAUUCGAUUCGAGAACGAUUAGAGAAACAACGCAAAUUCAAGUAAAUGUAAAUAAGCAAUAUUCUAAAUGAA